AUGUCUGAGGGAGGCUGCUUCUGUGAUGCCGUGCGCAUCAAGUCCACUGGCGAGGUCCAGGUCAAGGCACUCUGCCACUGCAGAGACUGCAAGAAGAUCACCGGCUCGACCUACAGCACCAACAUCGUCGUGCCGGGUGACGGCUUCUCAUUGAUCAAGGGCAAGCCAAAGGAGAUUACCGUCAAGGCAGACAGCGGGAAAUCGAUCACCUCAUACUUCUGCGGCGACUGCGGCUCGACUUUGUGGCGUCAAGGCGACACAUUCGGCGAUGCCAGAAUUAUCAAGGUGGGAAUUAUGGACGAUCCAAAGGUUUUGGAAGAUGCUCAGCCAGGUGUUGAGCUUUACGCUGCGGAGAGGGUCAGCUGGCAGGGUGCUGUGCCCGGUGCUGGCCAGAAGAAGGCAAUGCCAGACUCCGCCGAUAUGUAA